AAAUUUCACUAUCCCAGGCGGAGAUGUUGGCUGUCUGUUAUUGAAUGCACGCCACGAAGAGGCGUCACAGGUGCUCUAGUCUAAUAAACAUUGGAUUGCUAGAUAAUGCGCUGAAAUGCGUCUUCGAGCAGAACACUCCUCGCAGCCGCUGGACGGCGUCGACAAGCUCGCAAAGGUCGACACAUCCCCGAUUUCCACAACGCUGUCAACAGAGGAACUAACACCGGAGGAAGAAAAAAAGCUCGUAUGGAAGAUUGAUCGUGUCGUGCUCCCGAUUCUGAUGUUGGGAUUUAUGGUUCUGCAGCUUGACCGCGCGAACAUAGGAAACGCCCUCACAGACUACUUCUUCCGAGAUGUUGGCAUUACUCAGGACCAAUUCAAUACGGGCCAGCUGGUCCUUCCCCUCGCGAUCAUUUUAGUCGAGAUUCCUUGCAAUAUGGUUCUAUUCAGAUUGGGGCCAGCGAUAUGGAUAGGGAUCCAGAUAUUUGCGUGGGGCAUUGUGGCCACCCUACAAGCAUUUCAAAAGGGAUUGGCUGCGUUCUUAAUAACUAGGAUACUGCUUGGUAUUUGUGAAGCAGGUUUUGUACCUGCUAGCCUCUAUACCCUUACAACGUGGUAUAAACAAAACGAGACUAGCAAGAGAUUCGCUAUAUUUUAUAUUGGAAAUCUAUCCGCUGGUGCCACAAGUGGUUUGAUAGCAUACGGAAUACUACACAUGAGAGGGAUUCGCGGAUUGGCAGGCUGGCAAUGGCUCUUUAUCAUAGAGGGCCUAAUCACCAUCCUUGUUGGUUUUCUGUUCAUCGCUGUAUUCCCGAAAAAUCCUGAAAAUCCAACUUCACUAUUUGGGUUUCAUUAUUUCACAGAGAGGGAAGCAGCUUUUUUAUCCCGGAGAGUUAUUGCGGAUGAUCCCAGGAAAGCAAAGGGAGGAAACUCAAUAUCACUUAAACAGCUAAAAGGGGCGUUAACGAAUUGGAACAUGUACCUUCAUCUAUUAAUUACAAUCGCUGGACUAGCACCUGUCUACGUAUUCGGUGCCUAUGCACCCACUCUGGUCGCAUCUUUUGGUUUCGAAAGACUCGUAUCAAACGCUUUGGUCACUAUCGGCCUAUGGGCUCAGUUGGUGUUGAUAGUUAUCUGGGGAUAUGUUGGAGAUAAAACAGGGAGGCGUGGUUAUGUCGUUCUUGCGGGCUCACUAUGCAGUUGGGGAUUUGUUCUCGGAUGCAGGAUACUCGUUCGAUCUCCAAAUGGCCAUCUGCGAUUCGCACUUCUCACCCUGGCCAUCGCCUUCUGUGCCGUAUGGCAGCCCGUCAAUGCUUCUUGGAUGGCUAUGAAUAGCCGUUCACCGGAAGAAAGAUCCAUUGCACUGGCAAUGUUUACGAUGGCGACGAAUUUAGCCGGCAUUGUUAGUAGCCACGUUUUCCAGGAAAGCGACCGACCGUUGUACGUGGUGGGGUGGAAUGUGAAUAUUUGCCUGAUAUCCGCGCAUGUUGCGAUUGUUAUUGGGACGAUUCUGCGAAAACGCAAUCUCGAUGAUAAAUCUUUCACGCGCGGCCUUGACAGGGAUUCCCUCGACGCAAACUGUGUCCAAUACCAGCUACAACAAGCUUCGGAGUUCACCCCCAGUUAG